AUGGUUCGAGGUCCGAUUGGACCUAUACCUGUGGAUGAUAACAUAGGAAAAGAAAUCACUACUCAAAUUACAACAGCCUUAAAGACUAAUGGAACAUUCUACACAGAUUCUAACAGACGUGACUUCAUUAAGAGGAUUAAUCUUGGAAUAUACAUGCAAGACAGUAUCUCAGAACUGUCAGUGUUGGUUGACCGUUCAGUUGGGGGAUCCAGUUUAGUGGAUGCUCAGAUAGAGCUUAUGCUCCACAGAUUGAUGUAGGCAUUGGAUCUUCAUCAUUUGCAAAAUCACAGGGCCCGGAAUGACUCAUUGAUAGUGGAUGUUUGCCAGGUGAGUGGGAAUUAAAGUCUUCUUUCUUGAAAGCUAUAUUUCUUCUUUCCUUGAACCAUAAGCAUUUAUUUUUUCCUGUACUGGUACAAAAGUAUUUUCUUCUCUUACAAUGUUUAUAUGUUAAUGGUCAGGGUCAAUAUAAUUCGACACUGGUUUGCCCAGCAUGUGGAAAGAUUUCAAUCACUUUUGAUCCCUUCAUGUAUUUGUCGUUGCCGCUACCUUCAACUGCAACUCGGCAAAUAACUGUGACUGUGUUUUACAGCGAUGGAAGUGGUCUUCCUAUGCUAUACACUGUUAGUUUGCUAAAGCAAGGUUGCUGUAAAGAUCUUAGUGAACAACUAAGUAAUGCUUGUUG